UGCUUUUGUACAUGGCCUUGAAACCUGAAAGGAUUCUCCUUACUCGAAGAUAUUGCGAGAUUUAUAUAUAGCAGACUCGCUUCCAAUACUUCCGGAUCAGGAUGAGGAGGUUCGUUUUUGCUGGCAAUCAUUACCACCUUCAUGUAUUGUAUAUACUCUCGCCAACAUGAAUCAGUUAGGAACGCCUCUCGUCGCUAUCAUCGGAUGCGGAUAUAUUGGGAACCAGCUUCUAUGUGAAUUUUCUAAGCAUCACAAAGUUAUCGGAUACGACAUCUCUGCUAGCCGGGUGCACGAGCUUCGUCAACAGUUUUCUACGAAGAAUGGCGCAAGUCAUUACAACGGGCAGGUCUGUUUGACUACGCGCAUACAGGACCUGGCUAUGGCGACGCAUUUUCUCAUUUCGGUGCCAACGACGUCCAGAGAAGACGGUUCUGUGGACAUGACGUGCAUCGAAGAUGCACUCCGUAUAGUCACAGCUGUCGCUCUCCCUGGUUCAACGGUCGUAAUUGAGAGCUCGGUUGCAGUGGGAACAACGAGGGCUUUGUUGGGUCCUAUUGCUGCUAGCCGGGGACUGUUUGGCGGAGUGUCACCAGAGGUGAUUACCUUGCAUCCCGAAUGGGGUACUCACAUUUUGAAAGUCCAAUGGCUAAUGAAGUUUGGAGUUAUAGAGGAUUGACCCGGGCCGUAUGGACCCAUUGCCUUCGAGCAUCCCGAAGCUGGUAGCUGGCCUCGACGAUAUCGUUCCCGGGUCUCUUCAAGCCAUUAAGCGACUGUAUUCGACGGUUUUCCGACACCUUGUAGCCGUCUCCCGACCCGAGGUCGCCGAGAUGACCAAAUUAUACGAGAAUUGCCAGCGUCUUGUAGGGAUUGCAUUUGCAAAUGAGAUUGCAGACGCAUGUGGCGAACACGGUGUUGACCCCUCCGAGGUUUGCUCUGCGGCAGCCACAAAGCCUUUUGGAUUUAUGCCAUAUACACCUAGUAUAGGUGUAGGCGGUCACUGUCUUCCCACAAAUGCAAGAUACCUCCUUUCAAAUAAUCGCCUCCCGCUCCUUGAAUCUGCAGCGAACUCAACAAGGGCACGGCCGGGAAUGAUUGCGCAGAAGAUUGUUGACUCCUUUUCCUAUCAUAACGGCGACUCUAUUCCCAAGGUUCUAGUGGUUGGUAUAGCGUACAAAAAAGGCCAAAACAGCAUUGUCGACUCCCCUGGCCUACAGCUCAUAGAAGCGCUCUCACAAUUUGAGCAGGUAGAUGUUUGGUGGGCGGACAGUCUGGUGCCUCAGUCUCGAGUUCCUCAUAUCAAGCGCUUGCCCAACGAGGAAUGGAAUAGGGGCACAUUGGCGACAUUUGACCACAUAACCGUUGCCUUCAUACAACCAGGUACAGAGCAAGACCCUUUAAGGAGACUGACGGGCGUCAAAAUCGACAGAUGGUGAUUCUACUAUUUUAUACACCUUUUCCUUUGAUGUUUUCACAAAUUUUAUGCUUCGUUCCGUACCUAAUAAAACCUACCCUCUAGGUAGGUCAA